AUGUUGUUCUACGAUCUGGAGAAUUUAUCCACGAAGGAAAAUGACAAUAUGGACUUAAAUUACAAAAAAAAAAAAAAUAGAUACAAAUCAGAGUCGAAAUUAAAUAUAUUUCAUAAAUUAUUCUUCUUUUUAAAGAAAAAUAAAAAAAGUCAUUGGAAAAAAAAACUUAAAGAACAUCUGAUUAAAUUUUACUCCAUAAAAAAUGAAACUCCGAAAAAAUCCACAGGGGUGUGCUUCGUAUCAUUUAUCGAUACCAAGUCCGUCCAUGACUGCAUUCAUAACAUCCCCUUCACGGAAAGAAACAAAUGGAUUAUAUCUAAUGCCCCUCCCAAUUAUGACAUAAUAUGGAAGAAUUUAAAAAAUCACAGCUACAAGGUGUGUGCGCGUUUUAUUAUCCUUAAUGCCCUGCUGUUGCUCGCCAACACGAUUAUCAUUUUGACCGUCACGUCCAUUGACAACAUACUGAAGCUCAAGAUUAAGAAGUACCGUGAGGAGGACCCCAGCUCCAGCAACCUCAGCGCCAUUCUCAUAACUUGGCUCUCCCCCUUCAUCGUCAUUUUCGUUAACAGUAUCAUCCAGCCGGCCCUAAUCGCCUGCGUUUCGAUCGCCAUUGGAUUCAUAAGGAAGUCCAGCGAACACACUUACGUGUUGCAGGGGAACUUUAUCUUUUUAAUUUUGAACACGAUUAUUAUUCCCCUCUUGUCCUUGUCUCCGCUCAGUUCGCUGAUAAAGGUUAUGUACUCCGACGAAAUAGGCCAGUGGUCCACCCGCCUGGGUGCCUACCUGUUCAACUCCAGUGGAUUUUUCGCCAUGAGAUAUUUGCUUCACUGCUGCUUUCUGACGUGUGCAAACCAGUUGCUGCAGAUUCCGCAGUUUUCAAUUCGAUCCAUCGUCAAAACGGUGACGAAGAAGGAAACAAGUGCAUGGACUUUUGAUUUUGGUUACUGGUACGGAUUCAACACGACGAUUUUGGCCCUGAUAUUGACCUUUAGUGUGGCUGUCCCUUUCAUCCUCCCGCUCGGUUCGCUCUACUUCUUCCUACGCUACUACAUAGACAAGUACAACCUGAUAUAUGAAAUAUGUCGAACCAAUUUGGACAGCCAUGGAGCUAUCAUAAGAACGGCCAUUAAGUUUAUGCUUUUUUCCGUGGCCUUUUUUCAACUCGUCAUGUUCACCUUCUUCUCGCGGGUGCAGAACAAAUUCAUUUCCGUGGGGAGGAACAUCCUCUUUUUGUCAUCGUCCCUCACAACGCUACUGCUCCUGUGUCGAUCUACGGAAUGGGUAAGCACAAACCACAUAAAGAAGAAGAAAGGGAAAAGGACGUUUUGUUACCUGUGUGAGAAGAACGUCUACGUGAGUAACUUGAAGGACUUGAAUAAGUUGAAGUACGCCUAUGCCAACCCCUACGAAACGAAGCGGUGA